CUCUUAAUCUGCCACUUUCUCUCUCUUCUCCAUCAUUCCUCACUCUCUCAAUAACUGCAAAUUCCAUCACGCUCCUCAUCAUUUCACUCUUUCCCUCUCUAGGGUUACAGAUUCUCUCUCAUUUUUCUAGAGAGAGGAAUUUCAAAUCCUCUUAAUUCUAUAGAAAGUUUACCUUUUCUUCACUUUCUUCUUCAGAUUCCACCUGAUUCUCAUCAAACAAAAAAGGAGUGAUUGAUUAAUCUAUAAUCGCAUACAUAGAUCGGUUUUUUUUUUCUGCAACAGAUUCGUUUGAUUUUGUUUUAGUUUUUUUUUCUCGAUUUUUUUUAUAUUUAUUAAUUUCUCGUAAUCGAUUGAAUUUUGAUUAGUUACGCAACAAUUUAACAAGGAAUUGAAGAAAUUGUUUGGUGGAUCUGUUAUCAUAUCCAGGAUUUUGAAUUUUCAGUCUCAAUUUAGUUUGAUUAUAUGUUCGUUUUGGAAUUUGUGCUAUUAAUGGCUCCAGAAGUAACGUUUUGUUAAUUUAUGUUGGUUAUUGCGUGGAAAUUAAGUCCAGCUUGGUAAUAUAGAUGAUAUGCAGCAGUUCUUUAAGAAAUGUCAUAAUUCAAGCUGGUUGUGUUGGAGCUCUUUCCAGAGGAAGUAUAUGGUUGGGGACUGUGAGACGAGUUUUGCAUGACAAUUGUAUCCCGUCAUAUCUCUGGAAUUGCGAGCUAAGAAGGUUCAGGGCAAGUGUAAUAAUGAUGGUUGAUACGGGUGCCAACCGGGGUUCCAUAGUGUCUGUCUUGCCAGAGAAAGAGGGGGAUGGUGGCUAUGCUAGUGGAGGAUGCAUAAGUGAAGAUGGAAAGUUGAGCUGUGGAUACUCAAGUUUCCGCGGAAAGAGAGCUAGCAUGGAAGAUUUUUUUGAUGUCAAAAUGUCCAAAAUGAAUGGGAAGACUGUCUGCCUCUUUGGAAUAUUUGAUGGUCAUGGUGGUUCUCGUGCAGCGGAAUAUCUGAAGCAACGUCUAUUUGAAAAUCUCAUGAAACAUUCACAAUUUAUGGGGGACACAAAAGUGGCUAUAAGUGAGACAUACAAACAAACUGACUUUGAAUUCUUGGAUGCUGAAAAGGAUACUUUUAGGGAUGAUGGCUCCACAGCUUCAACAGCAGUACUUGUUGGGAACCAUCUCUAUGUAGCUAAUGUUGGAGAUUCACGUACAGUAUUAUCCAAGGGUGGAAAAGCAAUACCCCUUUCUGAAGAUCACAAGCCAAACAGACUUGAUGAGCGGAAGAGAAUUGAGAGCGCAGGCGGUGUUGUAAUGUGGGCAGGGACAUGGCGAGUUGGAGGUGUAUUGGCUAUGUCUCGUGCUUUUGGUAAUCGCAUGUUGAAACAGUUUGUUGUUGCAGAACCUGAAAUUCAGGAACAAGAGAUCAACGAGGAACUUGAAUUGCUGGUGCUUGCUAGUGAUGGCCUUUGGGAUGUUGUCCCAAAUGAGGAUGCUGUUUCGAUUGCCGGGACAGAGGAAGAACCUGAAGCAGCUGCUAGGAAAUUAACCGAGACUGCUUUUACCCGUGGUAGUGCUGACAAUAUCACCUGCAUUGUUGUGAAGUUCCACCAUGAUAAGACAGGAGGCCCCCAGCUUGAGCACCAAAAAGAAUCUGAGCUCGAGCAAGACAAAACUGUGGAUCCCAAGCUCCAACAAGAGCAGAGCAAUGUAUCUGAGCUCCAACAAGACCAAAUCAACACCUCGGAGCUCCAAUAUGACCAGAUGACAGAAGUGGAGCUCCAACAAGAGCAGAUGAAAGAAGGUGAGCCUGGAGAAGAGCUGGUCAAAGAAGCCGGAGUCCAACAAGAGCAGACCGAAGAAGCUCAACCACAGCAUGAUUUAGAGGUUCCGUUGGGUCAUUUUUCUGGUGGGGGAUCUUUGGCAUCAGCUUAGCUUGUGAAGGAGUUCAGUAUAAUAGAGCUGUUCCUUAGCUUUCUUGCCUCUCUUUUUUUUCUUUGAUGUCUGCCAUUUAGUUCCUUUUAUUGGGUAUUGAACUUCAUUUCUGUAUUCGCAUGCCUAGUAUAUGUCCAUAGAAUUGUAUUUUCCAUAAUCGCAUUGCCAAUGAAAUGAGUAUGGUAUUCCCCUGGUCUAA